AUGCUCCACUCAACCUGCCCUACCGCCAAGAACCUGACGUCGUUCGCGGCGAAGGGUACGAUGCGUGGCGGCAUCCCUCGCAUCUACUACACCUGGAUGAAGCCUGGAAGUGCAACACGCCGCCGCUUUGAGAAGAUGCGCAACCCAUUCGUCAACCUCGAGACCGGCACCUCGCUUUACUUCCGUGACACCCGCGACUCUGCGGAGGCUGUAGCACACGCCGCAGAUAGCAAAGGACUGAAAGGCAUGGACAACGGCAUUGACCUCUACAACGAGUACAAGAUUGUGCCAGACCUCUACCCGGAAGGCUUUCAGUGGAAGCACAAACUGAACACGGAGUAUAACCAGUGGCGCUCCAACACCUGGCUGACACCGGAACUCAUUCCGCAAGAACACCGCGGGAGGUUUCUUUGCAACUUCCAGCUCAACAUCGUCGCGUAUGAUAUGCGGGUGGUGAAGUUUAGCCCGAAAGACCACCGUCAGUGGAUUUACUGUGUCUUGUACGUGGGUAGCGGUAAGGGUAUCGCGGGCUUUGGACGCGCCGUGGCGCCGAGCACGCAGGAGGCCCGCAACGAGGCGAUCCGCGAGGCCUUCUCGAACAUCAUCGCUGUGGACUUGGAGCAAGAAGGUCCUAUGUACCCUGUCCGCAUCAACGCCGAUGGCGCGCGCGUGCUGCUCUACCCUGCACGGCGUAUCGUAGCGAACUUCCGCGUAGCAGACAUUCUCUGUGCCUUUGGCUUCCAGAAUGCUGGGUGCAAAAUUAACUUGAAGGCGUCGAACAACCCCAAGGCACCGACGCACACCGUCGAGGGCGUCUUCGAGGCGGUCAAGGCGCUGCGUAGCGUUAGCGAGAUUGCGGCGAGCCGCGGCAAGGUGCCGCACAGCCUUGUGCACAACAUAUACCCGUACCUCGAGGAGAUUCGCCGUCGCAAGGGUAUGAUGGCGAUGCACCCACCCGGCAAGGACGGCAUCUUCAUGCCGGACCGCGUCGUGGACAACCGCAUGCCGGAUCAUCUCAAGAAGGGCUACUACGACGACGUCUACUGGAAGGACUUCUUCGCCGGCAGCAAGGAGCAGUUGAAUGAGCCGAAGAUGGGUCUGCGCGGUGAUGAGCUGCGAGCGCAGCUGGAGGAGUCGCAGGGGCGUGCAGCGAAGCGGUCGAAGCGGCGCACUUUAGACGACGUUCUCCAGCGACUGGGUAAGACGCCGAGGGAUCUCGGCGCGCUGCAGGUGGUGAACCCGCGCCUCGAUGCGAAGCUCCCAACCCAUGUGAAGCGCAACUAUCUUCUCCACUGA